GUGAGACCAUCCCUGCGUCUAUGCGCCAAUAAUUCCUUUAAGGUUGCGUUCAACGUGAAUUCGUGGUGGUUUCCUGCGUCUUCAACUGUUGGUGACCAUUGUUCCAACGGAUGGUGCUGGAUUCCAUGCGUAAAUGUCCACUCAGCUUUUUCUCAACUUCCUCAGUAGAUUAGCGCCUCCUAGAGUUGGUGGUCCCGGUGCAGUGCGACACAUUUUCACCUUAGUUUCCCCUGGUAGCGUUCGACCUUUCGGCUGUUCGUCCGUGUACAAUUCUGUCAUUAAACUACAGAACCCUCAGCACUGCAAACAAAACCCAUUUUUGGAACAACGACGCCUAUACGCGUUAACAGCCAGCCAGAGCGACACAUCGAGAAAGCCCUUCAAUUGGGGUUCAAACAAAAAGCACCGUGACGUGAAACUUCGCCUCCAACUGUUGGAAAACAUGACUGACCCAAAGAUUGAAGAAGAAUUGGCGCCGUUGCGUGAAGCAGUAAAGCAGCAGGGAGACUUGGUGCGCAAACUGAAAAGUGAAGGCGCUCCGGAAAUCGACGUGAAGAAAGCGGUCAAUGAGCUCAAGGCGCGCAAGAAAGUACUUGAAGAUCGCGAACUGAGCCUCGCACCUCAAGUCGCCAGCUUCGAUCGGGCGCGCAUGGAAGAUCUUCUGAAACGACGAUUCUUCUACGAUCAAAGUUUUGCCAUUUACGGUGGCAUUACGGGCCAGUAUGAUUUCGGUCCGAUGGGCUGUGCGUUGAAAUCGAACAUGAUAAAUACGUGGCGUCAAUUUUUCGUUCUUGAAGAACAGAUGCUCGAGGUAGAUUGUUCGAUCCUAACGCCCGAACCGGUUCUAAAGGCGUCCGGACAUGUGGACCGUUUUGCUGACCUUAUGACGAAAGACGUGAAAAACGGCGAAUGCUUCCGGUUAGAUCAUUUAAUUAAAAACCAUCUGGAGAAGUUGGCUGCUGGCAAGGAUGCCAUGGCGGAGCUGAAGGACGAUUGCGCCGAUAUCGUGAUCAAGCUGGACGGUAUGACAAAGGACGAGAUGGCAGCCAUCCUGCGGAAGUACAAUAUGAAAUCACCCAUCACUGGCAAUGAUCUUACGGAGCCAAUUGAGUUCAACCUGAUGUUCGGCACUCAGAUCGGUCCGACAGGCUUAGUGAAAGGAUUCCUGCGUCCCGAAACAGCGCAGGGUAUUUUUGUGAACUUUAAGCGUCUGCUCGAGUUCAACCAGGGACGUUUACCUUUUGCGGCUGCACAAAUCGGAAACAGUUUCCGCAAUGAGAUUUCGCCCCGCUCCGGGUUGAUUCGUGUGCGAGAGUUUACGAUGUGUGAAAUAGAGCACUUCUGCGAUCCGCAGGCGAAAAAUCAUCCCAAAUUUGAGAAUGUUGCCGACACGAUAAUGACGCUCUAUUCCGCCUGCAACCAAAUGGAUGGAAAGAGUGCCCAGCAGGUCCGUAUUGGAGAUGCAGUUGCCACUGGACUGGUAGCAAACGAAACGCUUGGCUACUUUAUGGCGCGCAUUCAAAUGUUCCUGCAUCGUAUCGGCAUUUUGCCGGAUCGUUUGCGCUUCCGGCAGCAUAUGGGCAAUGAGAUGGCCCAUUAUGCGUGCGAUUGCUGGGAUGCGGAAUGUUUAACGAGCUACGGAUGGAUCGAGUGUGUUGGAUGUGCCGAUCGGUCCGCGUACGAUCUGACGCAGCACACGAACGCGACCGGUGUCAAGUUGGUCGCGGAGAAGAAAUUGCCCGCCCCCAAAACGAUUGAGGUGACGGAAGUUGUGCCGAACAAGGCCGCUAUAGGAAAGGCAUUUAAAAAAGAUGCGAAGGCUAUUACAGAGGCGUUAGCGAAACUAAGCCUAGCCGAAGUUGAGAGCAUUGGAAAGAAUCUAGGUGAAAAUGGAGCACAUACUUUGGCAAUAAACGGAACGGAUAUGAAACUGACCAAUGAUCUGAUCGCCGUGAAAACUACUUCCAAAACAGUGCACGUGGAGGAAAUUACUCCCAGCGUCAUCGAGCCCUCGUUUGGCAUUGGACGCAUUAUGUAUUCGCUGCUGGAGCAUAGUUUCCGGAUGCGGGAAGGGGAUGAGCAGCGCAGUUACUUCUCGCUUCCACCAGUGGUGGCUCCCCUCAAAUGUUCGGUACUUCCGCUAAGCAACAACACCGAUUUUACUCCGUUCGUGAAGAAGAUUUCAAUGGCCCUGACAUCCGUGGACGUGUCGCACAAGGUAGACGAUUCUAGUGGAUCGAUCGGUCGUCGUUACGCACGUACGGAUGAGAUCGCGAUUCCGUACGGUAUAACGAUCGAUUUUGAUACGCUAAAGGAACCGCACACGGUGACGCUCCGUGAACGCGAUUCGAUGAAGCAAGUUCGCAUUGGGCUGGAUGAAGUAGCGAACACGAUCCGUGAUCUGGCUACCGGACGUAUCAGCUGGACCGAGGUGGAACAAAAGUAUCCACGCUUUGAGCAGCAAGAAGCUUCUGCCAAGUAAAGCAAUGUUCAGCCUGGAGUAUGCAUUUGGAAACGAAAAUGACACUAAACGCGCUUAAGAAGAGUUUCGCCUUUCUCGCCCAGUGGUGGUUACUGAAUAUUUAAUUUACAUGAUACUUUUAAUGCUAAGCCGAGGUAUAAUUUCGUGCGCGCAGUAUGUAUACCCCCGCAGAAAUCACACUUAAAAUAAAGUUUCGUUCGU